AUGUAUUCCACACCUACACCUACACCAGACGUACGGCGUCUUCACGACUAUCAAUCACCAUCAAAUUUGACCAAUCCUAUAAGAUUAGCAUUCCUUGGAGGACCCAAAUCGGGAAAGACUUCACUCAUUUCCAAGCUUACAUUGGGCAAUUUCAUGGACACUUAUUACCCUACCAACAAAGUUAAUCCAAUACUAUUCAACUUUGAGCCCGAGUCCAAAUUUGCACAAGAUAUUCUCAAGGGUAAGACAAUAUCCAACACCAAGUAUUAUAAUCUUCCACCAAUCCUACAUCGAGAAAUAACUGGUCCUUCAUCUAUUUCUUCCUCAACUUCUUCUUCCUUUGCAUCUCCAUCAGCAUCUAGCUCGAGCUCAAACCCCAAUAUUGCUCCGAAAGCCACUAUUCAAAAUAAUGGACGGUACCAAAUUACACCUGAUGGUCAAAUCACACCCAUCUUGAUAGAACUCAUUGAUACUCCAUCCUUUAACCCUAAGCAAGUUGUCCCAUUCCUCGAGGCAUCUCUCUACACCAAUUUGGAUAAGGAGAUUCUUCGUAAUUUGGCAAAUGAACCACGAAAACCUGUGUCGACCAAUCCACUACUUGUGGCCAGUGGUGCGAGUGAACUUAAUGGAAAUGUCGAUGGAUAUUUCUUUGUCUAUAGUGCAAUAGCAAGUUAUAAUCCUCCAGCCUAUGAAGAGGGACCAAAUACAGAGUUGUCGAAUCAGCACACAUUCAGUUUAUUAGCAGUUAUGAAAGAUGCUUUGGAUGAUGCAUGGGAAGAAUAUAACAAGUACAAAUCAAAUUGGGAAGUUGGCCAAGAAGCUGAUGUGUUUUCAUUCAAAAAUGCUUUUAAGGGGUUUUGGAAAGAUGAUAAAACAAAAAGGGCAAACAAAUGGGGCGAAAACAACACGAGUUUUAGACAAUCACCUCCAGUGUGGAUAGUUUGUACUCACACAAGAAGCCAACUUGCAUCGGUAAAGUUGAUUGAAGAUGGAAAACAACUAAGUCGCGACUGGAAUUGUGGCUUUAUUGCAGUUGAUAGUACAAAUGACGACGAGAUCAAUUUAAUGCUACCGUUGAUGAUUAGAGAUAUAGUAGAAGUGCAGCGUAUACGAAAACGAUAA